UAGUGUUUAAGACUAUUAACGUUGCUGAGAACGGGUGUUUAAAACUGUGACACGACGUCCUUCACCAACAGGAUUCAAAUAUCGCACCCUAAACAUAGUAAAUAGUGGUAAUAGUAACAGAUAAACGAUGAAUCGAGGAGAAAAUAAGAAGUCCUGAAACGCUACUGUAGAUUUUGGCAACACUUUUAAACGCUCCCUCACGUUGGACGUCGUGCACGCCCUCUCUCGCCGGCCGACUUUUCCUUGACAGCCGCACGGAGGCUGCAUCCAGUCCGGCUCUGCUCGCUGUCAGCCCGCCUAGCUUAGCGUACUAGCUCGGUAGCAAACAUGUCCAAAGACACGGAAGGAAAGAGCGAGAAGAUCAUGGACAUGGAGAGCAAGGUCCUGUGGUACCCGGACUCCAAGAGGGACACACAGAUGGACAAGUUCAGGAUGCAGGUCAAUGCGGAACAUGGGCUUCACCUGGUCAACUACGGCGACUUGUACCAGUGGUCGCUGGACUGCUACCCAGACUUCUGGGCACACGUGUGGAGCUUCUGUGGCCUCGUCAGCUCCAAAAGAUACGAAGAGGUGGUGGACGUAUCCAAGCGGGUGUCCGACGUUCCUCAGUGGUUCAAAGGCGCCCGGCUCAACUACGCGGAGAACCUGCUCAAACACGCCGACCAGGACAAGGUGGCUCUUUAUGCUGCAACCGAGGCCAACGAGGACAUCGUGAAGGUGACCUUUGGGGAGCUCAGGCGCGACGUGGCGUUGUUUGCCGCCGCCAUGAGGAAGAUGGGCGUCCGGACGGGAGACCGAGUCGUGGGCUACCUGCCCAAUGGCGUCCAUGCAGUGGAGGCCAUGUUGGCGGCCGCCAGCAUCGGCGCCAUCUGGAGCUCCACAUCCGUCGACUUUGGCGUCAACGGCGUUCUUGACAGGUUCUCUCAGAUCCAGCCCAAGCUCAUCUUCUCCGUGGCGGCCGUGGUCUACAACGGCAAAAGUCACGAGCACAUGGAGAAGCUGAGCAGCGUGGUCAAAGGUCUUCCCGACCUGCAGAAGGUGGUGGUCAUCCCCUACGCUCGCCCCAAAGCCCACGUCGACCUCUCCAAGAUGCCCAACAGCGUGUUCCUGGACGACUUCCUGGCGUCCGGGCGAGGGGAGGGCGAGCAACCCCCCCAGCUGGAGUUUGAGCAGCUUCCUUUCAGCCACCCUCUCUUCAUCAUGUACUCGUCUGGAACCACGGGGGCCCCCAAAUGUAUGGUCCACUCGGCCGGGGGCACGCUCAUCCAGCACCUGAAAGAACACGUCCUCCACGGCAACAUGACCAGCAGCGACGUCAUCAUCUACUACACCACGACGGGCUGGAUGAUGUGGAACUGGCUGGUGUCCGCUCUGGCAGUGGGAGCUUCAGUGGUCCUGUAUGACGGCUCGCCCCUCAUGCCCACCCCGAGCGUGCUGUGGAACCUGACCGACCAGCUGGGCAUCACCGUCUUCGGCACGGGGGCCAAGUGGCUGUCGGUGCUCCAGGAGAGGAACAUGAAACCCGCUGAAUCCCACAACCUGCAGUCGCUUCACACCAUCUUGUCCACCGGCUCGCCUCUCAAGCCUCAGAGCUACGACUACGUGUAUCGCUGCAUCAAGACCAACGUGCUGCUGGGCUCCAUCUCAGGAGGAACAGACAUAGUUUCAUGUUUCAUGGGUCAGAACCCGACAGUUCCGGUGUAUCGGGGCGAGAUCCAGACCAGGAACUUGGGCAUGGCAGUGGAAGCGUGGAACUUUGAAGGUAAGCCCGUGUGGGGGGAGAGUGGUGAGCUGGUCUGCUUGAAGCCCCUCCCAUGCCAGCCCACACACUUCUGGAACGAUGACAACGGCAUGAAAUACCACAAAGCUUACUUCUCCACCUUCCCUGGGGUCUGGGCUCAUGGGGACUACUGUAAGAUCAACCCAAAGACGGGAGGUGUGGUCAUGCUUGGCAGAAGUGACGGGACCCUGAACCCCAACGGAGUCCGCUUUGGCAGCUCGGAGAUCUACAACAUCGUGGAGGCCUUCGAGGACGUGUCGGACAGCCUCUGCGUUCCUCAGUACGGCGCGGACGGCGAGGAGAGGGUCAUUUUGUUCCUCAAGAUGGCGCCCGGGAAGCCCUUCUGUCCCGACCUGGUGGCGAGAGUGAAGGCGGCCAUCAGGAAAGCUCUGUCGGCGCGACAUGUGCCCGCCCUCCUGCUGGAGACCAGAGACAUCCCCUACACGCUCAGCGGGAAGAAGGUGGAGGUGGCGGUCAAGCAGGUGAUCGCCGGCCGGGACGUCAAACAACGAGGCGCCUUCUCCAACCCCGAGUCCUUAGACCUCUACAAGAACCUGCCGCAGUUGCAGAACUACUGAAGGGGGGGCGACGAGGCGCUAACAAAGACUGUACAGCCAUCACUCAACCAACUGCCAUACGAGGAGGCGGAGCUACUUGACGGGUGCAAGACGACGUGUGGUCACCCGCAGGCGGAGCAGGGGGCCGGACAGUCCUGGCCUGAACAGGUGCCAUUUCACGUAGCCAGCUAAGGCGCUACAUUUAACAUUACCGUGUUUUUCGGAGUAUAAGUGGCUCCGGAGUAUAAGUCGCACCGGCCGAAAAUGCAUAAUAAAGAAGGGAAAAACAUAUAUAAGUCGCAUUUUUUGGGGGGAAUGUAUUUGAUAAAAGCCAACAGCAAGAAUAGACAUUUGAAAGGCAAUUUAAAAUGUCUAAAGCAGGGGUCAGCAACCUUUUUGAAAGCAAGAGCUACUUCUUGGGUAGUGAUUAAUGCGAAGGGCUACCAGUUUGAUACACACUUCAAUAAAUUGCCAGAAAUAGCCAAUUUGCUCAAUUUACCUUUAACUCUAUGUUAUUAUUAAUAAUUAAUGAUAUUUACACUUAAUUGAUCGGUUUAAAAGAGGAGAAAACACGAAAAAAAAAGACAAUUAAUUUUGAAACAUAGUUUAUCUUCAAUUUCGACUCUUUAAAAUUCAACCGAAAAAAAGAAGAGAAAAACUAGCUAAUUCGAAUCUUUUUUUAAAAAAAAUUAAAAAAAUAAUUUAUGGAACAUCAUUAGUAAUUUUUCCUGAUUAAUAUUCAUUUUAGAAUUUUGAUGACAUGUUUUGAAUAGGUUAAAAUCCAAUCUGCACUUUGUUAGAAUAUAUAACAAAUUGGACCAAGCUAUAUUUCUAACAAAGACAAAUCAUUAUUUCUUCUAGAUUUUCCAGAACAAAAAUUUAAAAAAAAAAUUCUAAAAACUUAGAAAAUAAGAUUUAAAUUUGAUUCUACAGAUUUUCUAGAUUUGCCAGAAUAAUUUUUUUGGAAUUUUAAUCAUAAUAAGUUUGAAGAAAUAUUUCACAAAUAUUCUUCGUCGAAAAAACAGAAGCUAAAAUGAAGAAUUAAAUUAAAAUGUAUUUAUUGUUCUUUACAAUAAAAACAAUACAUUUACCUGAACAUUGAUUUAAAUGGUCAGGAAAGAAGAGGAAGGAAUUUAAAAGUUAAAAAGGUAUAUGUGUUUAAAAAUCCUAAAAUCAUUUUUAAGGUUGUAUUUUUUCUCUAAAAUGGUCUUUCUGAAAGUUAUAAGAAGCAAAGUAAAAACAUUAAUGAAUUUAUUUAAACAAGUGAAGACCAAGUCUGUAAAAUAUUUUCUUGGAUUUGCAAAUUCUAUUUGAGUUUUGUCUCUCUUAGAAUUAAAAAUGUCGAGCAAAGCGAGACCAGCUUGCUAGUAAAUAAAUAACAUUUAAAAAAUAGAGGCAGCUCACUGGUAAGUGCUGUUAUUUGAGCUAUUUUUAGAACAGGCCGGCGGGCUACUCAUCUGGUCCUUACGGGCUACCUGGUGCCCGCGGGCACCGCGUUGGUGACCCCUGGUCUAAAGAAUAGUGAACAACAGGCUGAAUAAGUGUACGUUAUAUGAGGCAUAAAUAACCAAAUGGUAUGUUAACGUAACAUAUUAUGGUAAGAGUCAUUCAAAUAACUAUAACAUAUAGAACAUGCUAUACGUUUACCAAACAAUCUGUCACUCCUAAUCGCUAAAUCCCAUGAAAUCUUAUACGUCUAGUCUCUUACGUGAAUGACAUCAAUAAUAUUAUUGGAUAUAAUGUGUUAAUCAUUCCACACAUAAGUCGCUCCUGAGUAUAAGUCGCACCCCCCGGCCAAACUAUGAAAAAAAACUGCGACUUAUAGUCCGAAAAAUACGGUACACAGUUUCAGCUAACGAGGCAAACAGGAAGUUCGCCAGGCAAACAGGAAGUUGGCCACUUAUAAAGUACACGGUUUCAGAAGUAAACAAGGUACGACGUCUUUUAGAAAGCGUUACAACAUUGCCAAUAAUAAUAAUAAUGAUAACAAUAAACAUU